AUAUCACAACCUAAGGUUUAAGAAGUUGCGCCUUCUUCAGAUCUUAGAUGGUAUUAACAUUUUCAUUCUCACCUGCAUCGGUUGUGGAACCUGACUGCUUACGAAAUGUAGUUAAGUUGGCAAGAGAAAACAAUUUACUUCUUUCGGAAGAAACUUGCUGGUGCUUGCUGGACUCAUGUCUGUCGAAAAUUCCGUUGAAGAAAACUUACCAACUUCUAGAUGAAUUAUACAGUACUGAAGAGUUAAGGUUUCCAGAAGGUAGCGAGUUUGCAGUUGAGUCCAUACGUGCCAGAUCUGUUAACAAAGGUGUUGUUUUCUAUUAUGUAAAAUGGGUUGGGUGGCCACCUGUGUUCAAUACAUGGGAACCAGAAUCUAAUCUUCAUGGAUGUGAGGAUUUAAUACAAAAAUUUAUUGAAUCUUAUGGUUCGACGAUUGGAAUGCUUCCUCCUGAUAAUCAACCUGAUAGAAAAUCACAGGUUCAGGAAGUAAUGGAUCGAUUGAAGGAAGCUGUCAAUACAUCUGGGUCGCUACCAUUAUAUCUACUUGAACGAUUUUCUAGUCUCCAACCUGAUCCUACUAAUAGCCUUCGACCAUACAAACACUUACCCACCAUAAACAUCGAAAAGCUUUUUUCAUCACAAAUAUCACAAGGCAUUAUAGAAUCUAUUUCACUCAAGCGACCUCCCAGUGUCGCUGAUCUCUUGCCAGUUUCUACCAAACGUAUUCGUCUUAGUCGGAAAGAUAAACAAGUGUUAGAUUCUGCUCUAAGUGCUUUUCAACAAAAACUCAACACUGUAUACUCAAAUGAAGCACCAAUCACUGUCGAAAAUUCUGUAGAUUCUGAAUGCCCACCAGUUGAAUUCCAGCCGAUUCCAGAUUAUUUACCUGGACAAGAUGUAUUCUUACCAACCAAAGCUCCUAUUGGAUGUGAAUGUACGAUGGACAAUUUGGAUCAGUCAGAGCUAGCCAAAAUUCGUAAAGCAGAUGGAAGCAGUUCACCAGUUAUAUAUCCUUGUUGGAUCAAUAAACGACGUAGUUGUUGUGCUGUUCGUGCUGGUGCAGUUCCACCCUAUGACAAACGGAAAAGGCUCGUUGCCCCUCCUGGUCAUCCUGUUUAUGAAUGUAACUCCUUAUGUCCAUGCGAUUCGUCUUGUCCAUUUCGUGUUGUUCAACUUGGACGGAAAGUUCCUUUGUGUGUCUUCCGUACACGUGACCGAGGAUGGGGCGUUAAAACAGUGGUCCCCAUUAGUAAAGGGACAUUUGUCGUUGAAUACUUAGGAGAGAUUCUUAAUUUUGAUGAAGCAGAAAAACGAGGAAUAAUAUACGAUAAACAGACUAUGACAUAUCUUUUCGAUUUGGAUUUCGAAGGUGAUGCUUAUUACACUGUAGAUGCUUCUCAGAUGGGAAAUAUAUCACAUUUUAUUAAUCAUUCGUGUGAUCCCAAUCUCACAGUUCGUUGUGUUUUUAUUGAGUGUCUCAAUACGAAGUUACCUCGUAUUGCGCUUUACGCGUCUAGAUUUAUAAGGAAAGGUGAAGAACUUACAUUCGACUACAAUAUGACUGGUGCUGUGGCUGCGGACACUAGUGUAGUUAUAGAUGGUGCCGGAGAGGCAGAAACUCCUUCAGAAACCCAGUCAGGGUCAUCGAAUAAUGGUGGGAAGAGUCCGACCCCAUCUUCUUCUUCAGUUGACGUAACUCCUGACACAAGCAGUGAAGUGUCUUUCGAUAGCAAAUCUCUGGGAUCUAAAGGUCCUCGUAUGAAAUGCUUAUGUCGAAGUAAAAACUGUCGUGGAUAUUUAGUCAACUAGAAAUUUUUACUGACUGUUUAUGGAGUACGGUAAAGCUGAAAUACAGUCUGCUUAUAAUCAUAUACAAUGUCAGUUUUAUCCACUCAGGCUUCAUGUAUUUUUAAUGAACUAUUAGGAAUAUUUGUAUUCAGGAUUAUAUUUGAUUCUUAUUUUAUAUCUAUUGUAAAUUAUACUGCUCUAUAUAGCAAAUAUAUAUAAGUAUAUGUAAAGAUAAUUGGUAUAGUUUGCAGAUUAAAUGUAUACUUUGUGUCUUUUUGUUCAUCAGCAUUUUACAGUUUUUUAUAGUGACAAUAGAUUUAAGGCACUGAAAAUGUACGUCUAUUCUUUUAAAUGCUUCUAUACAUUUCAGUUGUUUUCAUUUACUUUUAUCCUGAGAAGGUAACAUUUUGUUGUUAAUAUAUUUACGAUAUAUCUGUAUUCAAUGUUAAUUUUUAUAUUACUUGAGAUGAUUUAACGAAAGACCAAUGUAUAUAAGGAUGUAAAGGAAUUACAUCCUGUUUCUUAUCAUAAGCAGUAUAACCAUACAACUACAUUCAAUUGUUUUAACAUAUAACAAACAUUGUUAAUCAAUCACUAAAAAAACCACUUGUGAGUUAUAUACCUGCACAUUUGCCAUUCACUUGGUUCGUGUGGAGUAUUUCGAGUUAAAUGAAGUCACAUACCCGUUUUAGUGCUUUUCGGUUGGACCUUGUAUACUCAAGAUGCGUUGUUCAACUACAGGGAUCGAUGUUGUGUUAUCCACUUCACAGUUGUGAUGUUAUUUCCGAAAUUUCCAUAAAACUACCAACCAUCCCCUUUAAUCCUAAGAAAAUGCUGAGUGGAGUAAGUUAUUUAGGUAAUUUCGACUGUACAACCGUCAGAAAGUGGUAUAUUUUCAUAUGUAUUGAGGGGUAUUUUAUGGAGUUUAAUGUGUUACAAAGGUGCUCUUUCUGUCUGCAUAAUAAUUUGAAAUUCUUUUGAUUAACAAACAUUCACUGUAUUAAUGAGAUAGCCUUGUAAUUGAAAUAGCCAUUUCAGAUAAUUGUUUUAGCCGAAAACAACAUUUAUUUUCAUGGCAGACAAUAAAGUUAUGUCACAUUUGAUUGGAUGGUUUUCGACCAAUCACAAUGGGAUGUCUGCGCUGAAUUAGAUUUCAGCAUUAUUUUCACUUGUAAUAUGGCAGUUAGGUAAGACUUUUGACUUUCUUCUUAGUGAUUCUAUAAAUUUAUGUUAACUCUAUAAUUAAGGAUGAACAAAUAAUCCCAAAAUUUAUUUAUGGG